AUGUCUCAAGACACCAUAUUGUUUAACGUGGGAGGCACGAAAUUCGAAAUUAACAGACACCUAGUACAAACUUACCCGAAAAGUCGUUUGGCGGAGUUAGUUAAUAUCGGUUCAAAAGAUAGAGAGAUAUUCAUUGAUCACAACCCUCUUGCAUUUAGCGUGAUACUUGAUUUUCUUCGUUACAAACGACUUGUUGUGCCUAGAAAUGUUGCUCGCGAAGUUGUCGAACUGCAAUUGCAAGAAUUCGGGAUUCCAUAUGAAGAUUUAACGGAAGGUAUAGGAGAAAACGACGAGUUGCCUAGUUAUGAAGCGACGGUGAGCAAGUUACCCGGCCCCUAUAGAGAUGAUAAGAGGAUUUAUAACAAUAACUUAUUAAAGGACACGGUUCUUGAAGUUUCUAUCCGAAAGUCA